UUAAGUAUUUUCAUUGUUUUGUUUCCAUCAGAGCUGACCACUGAGUCACCAGACUUGAGCGCCAAUCCCUCAGUUUUAUAUAGUUCAGAGCAAAGCCAAAGCGUAAUCUUCGUAUUUCAGAGAUGUAGUGCAAAUAUGUCUGUAUGAAGGCGAAAACCGUUGAUUAAAUCUGAUAAAAAUGACACAGUUGGUAUCACGGUGAUAAGAUAAGAACUCGUUGAAAUGAAAAUGUUCAAUUAUUAGGUGUGUUAGGUUUUGCUAUGAUGAUGACAUGAAGUGAAAGAAAAUAUGAAACUUAUAGUGAUUAUCACCUUUAUCUAUCUGUGCUCAGCAGAUGGAGUCUUCCAGAACUCCAGUCACAUAUGCGAUACAUGCAAUUGCCAUGAGACCGAAAAUGAAUUCAUUUUAAACUGCGUCGACAAAAGAUUCACACAUGUUUUGGCCGACUGGCCACAUCACAACAAAUCUCUGAUCGCCGAUUUCAGUUACAACAACAUAUCAACCUUGGAGAAAUUACCCACCAGCAAUUAUUCAGUCCGGUUGAUGUUUGACCAUUGCAACAUCAAGUCCUUGGAACCUGGGAUUUUGGUUAAUGUUGUAAAAGUGGAACUUCUGGAUCUCAGUUAUAAUUUGUUAACCACUGAGAAAAUUGAUGGAAUAGACUUUAAAGGUCCAUACGUCAAAGAGAAAUAUUUUCCAACAGCUCUAAAGCACCUAAAUCUAGCUUAUAACUUAAUCCAUACCUUGCCUGAAAAGUUGUUUGAAAGUAUGCCGCAUUUGGAAGAUCUCAAUUUGGCAGGAAACGGCUUCAGUGUCUUGGAUUUCAACUCCCAACAUGCUCUUUCGUCUCUAUCAAAACUCAAGAGACUAAACUUAUCUAACAAUGGACUAACAGAAUUAGUAGGAGAUGCUGUGCGAAAUUUAACAGACUUAGAAGAGUUAGACUUGUCUUAUAAUAAGCUAGACUUUGUGCCAAAUACUUUAGAUUAUUUGAAAAAGAACCUCAAGGUUCUGGAUUUGAGUAAUAAUCCUAUCUAUAAGUUGAAUGACAAAAGUUUCCUAGGGCUUAAUCUUAAAUAUCUGUAUUUGAACAAUUUACCAAGAGUCAAAGCUGUUGGGCCGAAUACAUUUGCCACUUUGCCGAUGUUGAAAAAGUUAGAAAUGUGCAAUAAUAUACAUUUAAGGGAUAUCGAUAGAGAAGCUUUCAGUCCAAAACAAGAAUUAGUGGAGCUAUACCUCAAUAACAAUUCAUUGGUUGAGAUUAGUUAUCAUCUUCUGCAAUGGAAGACGCUGGAAAUUUUCGAAAUCAUGGAAAACCCUUUAUCUUGCACUUGCGACUUAUACAAUAUCUCGAGAGAUCUCAAAAAAGAUAUAACUCGCAAUUUAGAUGGACCUAGUUGUGUCCACAGCAAUGGAAAUGGCCAGAUGAUAUAUCGUUUGAAGGAAGCAAGUGUAUGUACAGGCAAGUGCGCAGAACGUCAACCAGUUAUGAGCCAGACGUAUUGGGGUCUUCUGUCAUCUUCAUCGUAUGGGAUGAGAAUAAACAUCAGCUUGGCAAACCAUUGCCAUAUGAUUUUGACAUCGAUUACGCAGAAGAACAUUUCGAAAUGUUGAGAGUGACAAUUAUAUCGCUGAGCAGUAUAUUAGUGGUCAUGAUGUUAAUUUUGACUGUGAUAGCGAUUUUAAGAUAUAGAAGAGGGACUGUGGUUAGGAACUAUCCCUUCACAGUGCAAGUCAGCUACAAUCCGUUGGAAAACAGGCCUUUCUAAGAAGUUUUCUUAUGAAAUGUAUCCUCAAUUUCACCAUUUAGGACAAACAUAUACAGAUCGCUAAAGAAAUCAGUUGUUUGCGAUUUUUAAUUUAGUUUUGGUUGAAGAAUUAUAAGGUUUUACAACGAAAAAUGAAAAUACCGUCUGUUAUUAGGAUAAAAGAUGUUUCCCAAAUAUGGGGUAAACAUCUACGAUUCGGAUAUAUGUUUGUUGAAAUGACGGGAAAUAACGGUUAUAAUUAACAAAAACCACAUGUAAAGCUUCUCAUAUACAUAGUUCCCAAUGACUACGUCCAGGGGGCAAAUUCUUGAAAAUGAGGGAACAGAACAAGAAGAAUCGCUCCAAAGGUGAUUGUAUCAACAAACCUUUUUUAUAUACGCCAAAACAGAUGUAAAUCUUUGUCAGAAAAGGUAAUAGAAAACUUUCUACUUCAUCUGACAGAUAAUGGAAUCCAUGCGUUAACCGAGGCUUAGCAAAUGUGCAAAUAUUUCGCUGUCAUGAUUUAUUCGAUCACAAGAAAAUUGUCAGUUUGAAAUUCAAGUUGUUCCUAACCUCAAAUUGACUAAAUGUUUAUGUAUUUUCUGUCCAUCAUCUGCUAGGUAGCGCUAUCAUCACGCAUCCAGCGAAUUCUGCUCCCUAAUUUUCAAGAGUUGGCCUCUACAUUAGUGAUGAGCUUUCUAGUUCAUUUCGCUGAACUAGUUCAAUAAGUCGUGUUCACUAAAACUAUUUUACGUAACAAAACGAAGUAACUCGUUACGAGAGUGAAAACGCCGCCUUCCAUCCGAUCGCCAGCUCUGGGUGUCUAAGUACUUGGGAAGACCUCGUAUUGUUAAUUUAAUUGUUAAGAUAGAUGUUUCAAAUUUAAAUAUUCCACGUGUCUCAAAUAGUAGGUGCACCUAUGAGAUAUAGACGUUUUCGAACAAUGUCAAAUAAUGUGGGAUCCACCUUUGUUUAUUUUCACUAGAAGCAGAUCAGAAGCUGAUAAAGUCCAAAAAUAAUGUGUUUAAAUGGAAAUUUGUAAUUAAUUUAUAUGUUUAUUUUAGCAUUCAAUUUCUUCAUUAGCCUCAGUGGGUGUUGUAUUGUAUAAAGUAAUAGUUUUUAACAACUUCAUUAUGACCUAUUUGAUAUCCCUGAACUAAACCACGAUGGUAUCCAGGCAACCAGUUAUUCAACAUUCUGCUUACUCGGUUGCCUACGGUGGUGUUCCGACUUCUAUCUCGCUCUCGCUCGUUCACUCACCCUUAAAUCGCUUGGAGUGAACAAGUUUUUCGUCGAAGGUUGAACUAGUUCAGUCAUAAAAAUGGUUCUUUUGAACUAGUUCGUUAUCAAACUACAUAUCACUACUCUGCAUACAAAUAUAAUCUGAAACUCUUGUUGCAAAAUUCGGUGAGUAUAAAGGCAUAGUAGUCGUUUAAUUUCAGUAUCUUGUAAAAGAUAAAGCUUAAGGCUACAUCAUGCUACUUGAAAUAUAGAAUAUGGUGUUUAAAACAUGCUUCUGAGUGUAAUGUCAGUUCCACUGAGACUAAAAUAAAAUCAGAGUCAUACAGAUAAGUUUAGCAUUUAAGUUAUGAUUAUGAAUUUCUUGUGCCAAUCGAAGUGUUAAUAAUUGUAUUCAAAUAACUGUGUAGGAGUAUUAUAAUAUAAUCUGUUUUGUUCAAAACACGCAUUUAAUUAUUUUAUUAUCACUACCAGCCCACAGGACAGGAAAAAGUCUAUUGUUUCUAUACUCCAAUUCGCAACAGUGGACGACAAUAACAUUGUCACUAAGAUAAUUAUUUUUCGGAUUUGUUGAGUCAUUGUACCUAUUUGAGAGCAUGUAUGUUCGAAACUAACAUUUCAUAAUUUGAAACAAAACUCUAAAAUAAACUUCCAAUCAAAGAUUGUUUUUCUCAUAAAGCAAUAACCUCCUCUCUUGCUAGCGCGAUAUCAUGCGGUGGCCAAAAAAAUCAACAGGUCAAGCUACAAUACGCCAAUGGGAUUGCUUGGCUGUCGUUUAUUGCCCAUCCGGUGAUGACUUAAAACACUUUUAUGAAUUCCUAUAAUAUAAAUUCAUAAAGAAUAAAGCAUCAGGGCCUCGAAGCGGGGGUUUCGGCUCUGAAAAUAACUCAUAUUUCAAUUUGAUCGCAUUUGUAUCUUAAACUUUCAACAUUUUUCUUUUUGGGUACUUUGUUUUUUAAAAGCCCAAAAUUCGCAAUGUUAGCAUUUAGCAAAAAUCCACCCAUUUUCGAAUAUUUAACUUGCGUUUUUGAAAGGUUCCUUUAUUUUAAUAAACAUUGAUUCACUUUUCCAAGAAAUCAACAUACCACAGUUAUGCAGCUUAUAAAUUUUUUUGUGCGUAAUCGUCGCCCAGUAUUUACGGUAUUUGCAGAAGUUUUAUUUUUUACUUAUUAUUUAAAGAGUCUUGCAACAGCCUAGGCAUAUUAUGUUUUACACUGUGGAAUUCAGUAACUAUAAUACUAAGUUAAAAUUGAAGCCAUAUUUUCACAUUACAUUUUUAGAACAAUUGUUUUUCAUAUGCUUUUCACUCCAUCAUUCUAGGGAUGCAAGCAACAAUCCAAUAGUUAACCACUUAUGCUAAAUCUACCCUAGAUAUGAUAGUGUUAAAAUUAUCUCUGAUUAAUAAUCAAUAAAUUUGGAAUACAGUGGUAAGA